AUGCCGCUCAACUACUCCAAGUGGGACAACCUCGAGCUGUCGGACGACUCGGACAUCGAGGUGCACCCCAACAUCGACAAGAAGUCGUUCAUCCGCUGGAAGCAGCGCGACAUCCACGAGAAGCGCGACCAGCGCAAGGCCGACAAGGACGCUCUGCGCGCCGAGAUCGACACGAACAACGAGCUGGCACCCCGACUCGAUGAGCUCGUCACAAAGACCACCGCAGAAGGCUCGGCCUUCUACUCUCGCGAGGUAGCCAGGCUUUCGGCGGGACGACAGGAGAGAGGCAACAAGGAUGGACCGAACGGCCCAACGGCAGACGACAUGAUCCUCAGCCUGCUGUUGCAGAUUCAGCAGCAGGAUAAUGUUAAGGGCAAGCAGGCAAGCGAGCUCGAUGCGGAGCUGGUCAAGGAGCUGCGCGGGCACAAGGAGAAGCUGGCGGCCAGACAGACGCAAAUUGGUUUCGAGCUGGAGCAGAUGGACAAGGAGGAUGCCAAAAAGAUCACAAGUGACGGUAUCAAGGAGGGAUGGAAUGCAGGAUACGUGGCCAAGGCAGAGCCCGAGCCAACGCCCGCGGCAAAGGGCAAGAAGAAGGAAACUACCAUCGAGACUCUCAACAGCCCGUCGGCUGCACAGCCAAGUGCCGCGGCUGAGAGUGACGACGAGGACGACAUCCCCGAGGCGGACGAUGUGCAGCGUCAAUUCGCCGAGCUCCCGUCGUGUGUGCCCUCUUCGAUCCCUCUUUUGGCCUCAUCGCUUCCGGCCAGCUUUGACGCCGCCAAGUCUCUCAACAUCAACGCGUUUGAAACGGCGCUGCAGUUUCUUUCCAAGCACAAGGUGUUGCUUUCGCCCGCCAACAACACCACGGACUCGCUGUUGCUCGAGGCGUUCAAUGCGCAGAUGGCGUCCAAGUCGGCUCUGGCGCGCCGCUGCGUCGAGAAGGCGCUCAUGAUCCAGUACUGCAACAAGCUCGGCCCAGACGGCGUCAACCUCUUCUUCCGCCGCAUGGUCGGGUCGAAAGACGGCCGUGCCUCGGUGGUGUAUCUCAACGACGUGCUUGCGACGUAUGCUCGCAUUCGCGACAGGUCCACGGCGCUCGCCGAGCAACAGGCAGCAGCAGGAGAGGAGCAGAUUCAGCUCGUCGCCGAGGACGAAAAUACGAUCAUCGGGUUCGAAAUCCCCGACGGCCCGCCACCGGACGUGAUCGAACUCGAGGGAGAGGCCAAGGAGAAACUCGACCCUGCGGACGUCAAGGCGUGGCUCCAGAAGAGGUGGGACAUCUUCCAAAGCUUCCCCGAGAACUUCAGGAAGGCGUUGGAGACCAAGGAGCUCACAAAGGUCAACGAGGUGCUCGGCAAGAUGAAAGUCGAAGAGGCAGAGGAAAUCGUGGGGCAGCUCGACCAGGCGGGCAUCCUCAACUUUAGCAGCUCCGAGGUCCGGGACGAGACGGGAAAGUAG